GCAGAGCUUCGUGCCAAUAGCACGACGGGACGGGAAUUGGUUGGAAAUCCAGCGCCGAUUGGGAGGCAAAUAGAAGCGAAAUUUCCGUGCCGGCCAGUUUAGGUUAAUGUUUUGAGCUGAAAGAGAUUCAUUAGAGAUGAGAUCAUCGCCACCAGAGUUUUGUGUGCUGUAAAGGUCAAACCGGCAACAAAUUGGGAUCAAAAAUUAAUGUAUGCUGGACAGUUUGAUGUGCGUGGCUGGUUGGACCGUCGAAAAUUUGAUCAAAGGAAAUUGACACGAGGAAAUAAUGGAAAUACUAACAUAGUAAUGGAAUUUAAGUUUCGAUUACGUCUCAUCAGAAUCCGACAGAAACUUGGAGCCGGACACGGGAUUGACGCUAGCUCAAAAAUGCAGAGAACCAAUUUGAGAAAGUAACUGCGGAAUACUAAAUAUAGGUAUCAAUACCAACGACUGUUUACCACAAUAUGGUAUUAAUGAGCUCUACAUAAGAAGCUAAUCGUUAGUGAACAAAGGUCAACUUACUGGCAAGGAUGUUGACGACAAACGCUCUUUUUACAGUGACAGCGAUUGUCGGUAUAAUCCUACUCGUAUACCGAUACAUCACCGGAAAGUCUAAGUUCUUCGAAGAUCGCGACAUUCCAUACGAAAAACCAACCUUCCUGCUCGGUAGUCACGGUCCCAUACUGCUGAAGAAACGUGACCUGUAUCAGCAAAUCAAACACCUUUACGAUGCCUUCCCGAAGUCCAAGAUCGUUGGUGGAUUCGAUUUCAUCAACCCGGUGUGGAUAGUUCGGGAUCCGGAAUUGAUCAAACGAAUUGGAGUGAAGGAUUUUGAUCACUUUGUCGAUCGGAUGCCAGUUUUUACCCACCCGGACGAGGAAGUGGACCGGGAACGAUUAAUCGAAAACAUUCUUCUUGCAUUGCGCGGCCAGAAAUGGCGGGAUAUGCGGGCGACUCUGAGUCCGGCUUUCACCGGUAGCAAGAUGAGGCACAUGUUCGGACUGGUGGUCAAAUGUGCUGAAUCAACGGCCACGUUUUACGCGGCCGAAGCAAAGGCUGGUCGGAAACUGGAGCUGGAGAUGAAGGAAGUUUUUUCGAGACUUUGCAACGACAUGAUCGCCUCGGUUGCGUUUGGAAUUCAGGUUGACUCGUUCAGGGAACCGCUGAAUGAUUUCUAUGUAAUGGGGAAAGAGUUGUUGAACUUUAAGAAAGUGACGACCAUUCCGAAGGUUUUGAUGUUUAGGGGAACUCCUUGGUUGGCGAGGCGGUUGAAGCUUGAUUUAUUCAACUCAACGUUGCUGGCGUACUUCAAGCGGAUGAUCACUGAUAAUAUGGAGCAAAGGGUGAAGAAUGGAAUUGUGCGGAACGAUAUGAUUCAUAUGUUGAUGCAGGUCAGGAAGGGUGCUCUAAAGCAUUCCUUAGAGGAAGCAGAUACCAAGGAUGCGGGAUUUGCAACUGUAGAAGAGUCUAAUGUGGGAAAAUCUACGCAGAACCGGGAGUGGUCUGAUAACGAGCUUAUCGCUCAAUGUUUCUUAUUCUUCCUAGGAGGAUUCGAAACCAUGUCGACAUUUUUGCAGUUUUUAAGUUAUGAAUUGCUUGCUAAUCCGGAUAUUCAACAAAGAUUGUACGAGGAAAUUUUAGUGACUGAGGCAGCUCUAAAUGGGAAACCGUUAUCCUAUGAUGUACUUCAGAAGAUGCAAUACAUGGAUAUGGUCGUUUCCGAGGCACUCCGCCUGUGGCCACCGGCAGCAUUUAUCGAUCGGUUUUGUGUGAAAAGCUACACAUUUGAGAGUGAUGAAGGAAAAGAAAUUAAAAUUGACAGAGGUCAGAUCGUGUGGUUUCCGGUGGUUGCUCUGCAUCAUGAUCCUCAGUAUUUCCCAGAGCCGCACAAGUUCAACCCGGAAAGGUUCAGUGAGGCAAACCGUUCGAGUAUUAAUACGGCCACAUAUCUGCCUUUUGGAAUUGGCCCAAGGAAUUGCAUCGGAUCGAGAUUAGCGCUGAUGGAAGUGAAGGCGAUCGUGUACAGUUUGUUGAAAAAUUUCACCUUAGAAGCAACUUCCAAGUCACAGAUUCCGCUGCGCCUAAUGAAAACUAUACUGGGACCGAUUCCGGAGAGCGGUGUUUGGCUGGAGCUGAAACCUAGAAUGUGAUUUUUCGCGGAACUGAUAGCUAUUUUUUAUUUAAUUUAAGUGGUAAAUAACAAAAAUGCUAAUCGAUAUUUUCCCACUGGUCACCUUAGUAAAUAGCAAAAAUGAUAAGGAAUUAGAUCCGACUCUAAUCAGAAGCACCAACCCCCGUAAAAUAUGAUAUAAAUUUUUAUCACUUCUAUGCUUUUCUGAUAGUCGUAAGUGUAAUGAGUCAGACUCGCAGGACCAUUGUGUCACAUACCCACCGAACUGAAUGCAUAAGUAAGGCGCACUUCCUCCUACUUUCCAGCUGGUAGAUUGGUACUACACUUUGGACACGAGAG